AUGGGCUUUGGCUAUGCCGAGCAUGCCUGGGACGGCUAUUUUUGCCGCGCAACGAGAUCGAGAUCCUGCUCCCAAUCAUUGCCGUGCUCGGUCAUGGGGAUUGUAGUAGUCGCGGUUGACCGCGCUCCGGAGUCAUGGGUCAAGCGGAUACGGACGAAGGUGGACGAGAGGUGCCAAAAGGUGCCAUGGCCGAUUGGAGAACAACCGUUGAAAGCCGCCGCGAGGGCGUCAAUCGCGGAGAAACAUUUGCACGUUGACUCGAUUGGAUGCUUGGCGAAAUCCCUUCAGUCCGUUUGCCGUGGGUUCGGGCCUGGCGAGGGUGGGAAUAGCACCUCUUUUGGGUUGGUGCUAGGGUACUGCGUCGGCCAUUCCCCCUGCAUGUGUACUCACAAGCCAUCUCGAAAAAUUCUCGUAAACCGUGCACCUGGAUCAAACUCACCCGAUAUUUCCUCGUCUCCCCCCGGUGCCCUCCUUGGGUCACAGGAUUCAAGUCCCGAUUUGGCGAACAACGCGAUGCCAUUGGGACGAUGA